CAUGGUACUCGAAUCCUCCGAAGCGCCAACAAACGAUGAGUACCAAGAGUCCACUGCUUGGUACUGGAUAUUGUGUUUGAAUUUUUACUUUCUCCUCUCCUUAGUCUGUGUGGCCGCUGACUUCGUGGUCAUCACCGCCUUAGUCAGAUACAGAAGGCUUCGAAACAAAAAAUCCAACAUUGUCAUCCUCCAUUGGACCAUUUGUGACGCUACAUUCCAGGCAUUACACCCCGUGAUCUAUCGACUAUCAAUGAAAAGCUCCAUUCAACACUGAUGGCUACAGUACCUGGAACAUCCGAAGCGCCAACAACUGAUGAGUACCAAGAGCCCAUCAAUUGGUACUGGACGUUAAGUUUGGAUCUUUAUUUUCUCCUCUCCUUGAUCUGUUUGGCUGCUGAUUUCGUCAUCAUCAUCGCCAUAGCCAAAUAUAGAAGGCUGCGUAACAGAAAAUCCAACAUUAUCAUCCUCCACUGGACCAUUUGUGACGCAACAUUCCAGGCACUACAUCCCGUGAUCUUCCGAUUGUCCAUUAAAGGCACCUUCCAAUACUGGUACCACGAAAUUGUUUGCGUCAUCGAAGAGUUAUGCUACACGUUGUUGCUAGUGGAAGUACUAUUCGUUGUUUUGCUUACGUUUUACUGGUACUACGACAUUCACGAUCCGACUAUGCUUGUUAAAAUCAACAACCACAUGACUUUUUUGAUCAUAUUCGUGUAUUGUAUCGGGAUGUUUUCUAUGGGCUUUCACGUUUGGUCUUGUGUUACACAUUUUCACAUGGGAUCUAUUAGUUUCCUAAUUUCAAUUCUAGGAUUUCUGGUAUACUUUUUGUUUAUGCUUAUUAUAAAUAUUAUCAGUGUAAUAAGACGGAAAUUGAAUAGAAGCACUUCAAGGCCGUUUGGUAACAUUAACUAUGUUUUGAGCAAUUUUUUCUUUCUCUGCAAAUUUUCUGUAUUGGUUGUAACUCUCGUUUCUUCCUUAUUCCGAUUCCAUACUAUUGGCAUUAUGGUUACUUUUUUCUUCGCAGUUUCCAACUCGAUAUUUAAUUUAAUCAUUCUGUAUAAACGUGAUGAGGAUUAUAAAGUUUUUCUUAAAAAUAUUUUUACUUUGAAAUGUGACAGAUACAAUGACGAAUUUGUUGAUGAACCCAUAAGAUUUUCAAAUGGGGAUGUUGAGUCUCGCAGUUAAUAUAUGUUAAUUGUGUUUUAUUUUUUAUAUAUUUUAUGCAUUGUUUAAUAAAUAUUUUGUUUGCUUUUA